ACCAGCUGAUCGCAAUCAUAUUCUUUCGUCUCACUUCGCCGUCAUAGACACGCCGCCCGCGUAUAUCCGUCUUAUAUACAACCACGUCGCCAACCACUCCGCCUACGAACCCGUCUAAUCCAUGUCAUGAAUCUCUCACCUCAGCAGCUCGUCUUCGAGCACGAUACGCUCGCCAGCAAUGUCAGUGGCAUCAUCAGCACACAUAGCGACAGCAACAACGCCUUGAGAUUCGCUGCUACUUACCUCUCUGCCUCAAAGGCGGCUGAUCAUGCGCUAUGUGGCAAUUCUGAAGGAUGGGGACCGAUGAGCCCACAUCGUUGGGAUUUCACACCCUGUUUCCUCGAUAUAUGGAUCGUCGCCGUUUCAGUCUUUGGGAUUCUCGCUGGCCUGGCAAUGGUCUGGUGGUUAUACAAAAAGGUGGAAACGAAGCAGGUGGAGAAGGAUUGGCAUUUCUACACCAAAUUUGCCGUCUUCGCCGCUUUGGUGGGCACGGUGGUAGCACAGGCUGGCUUGCAGGUUGCAGAGUUUCCGGGCUUCUGGUUCAGGGAUAUUCGAUUUUGGACCUCGGUCAUCAACGUCCUGAGCAUUGUGAUCAUCGGAUGGGGACAGUAUGCGGAACACUCGCGCCUGCGACACGCAAAUGGCGUCGCAUUGUUCUAUUGGCUAUUCAUCAUCAUCGCCUAUGCUGUCAAGCUACGAUCUCUCAUCGAGCAGAGAUUGUUCGAAUCAUACGUCCCAUACUUUGCCGUCUAUACCGCCACCGUCGGUCUGUCCAUUGUGGAAUUUGCUCUCGAAUGGCUGGUGCCAAAGAAGAUAUCGGCCUAUGAUGCGAUCGAGGAGGAAGACGAAUGUCCUGUUGAGAACGCCACCAUCUUCUCCGCCCUGACCUUCUCAUGGAUGACGCCUAUGAUGAAGUAUGGCUACAAGGAGUAUCUCACUCAAGACGAUCUCUGGAAUCUUCGAAAGACUGACUCUACUCGGGCUGUCUCCGUCCUGUUUGAGGAAGCUUGGGCGCAUGAGUUGGACAAGAAAAAGCCAAGUCUCUGGAUUGCCAUGUUCAGCGCGUUUGGAGGUCCGUACUUCAUUGGCGCUGUCAUCAAGACUGGCUCGGAUUGCCUGGCUUUCAUUCAACCUCAAUUGCUACGCUAUCUCAUCGCUUUCAUCGACUCGUACCGAGCGGGUAACACCCCUCAGCCUCCGAUCAAGGGUGUUGCUAUUGCGCUGGCCAUGUUUGCUGUAUCCGUCAGCCAAACAGCAUGCUUGCACCAGUAUUUCCAGCGGUCUUUCGAGGUUGGCAUGCGUAUCAAGGCUUCCUUGACCGCCAUGAUUUACUCCAAGGCAAUGAAGCUGAGCAACGAGGGUCGUGCCUCCAAGAGCACUGGAGACAUCGUCAACCACAUGGCCGUCGACACGCAACGUUUACAAGAUCUGGCGCAGUACGGUCAGCAGCUUUGGUCCGCACCAUUCCAGAUCACGUUGUGCAUGAUCUCUCUAUACAAUCUCCUUGGCCUCAGCAUGCUUGCGGGCGUGGGCGUUAUGAUUCUCAUGAUUCCCAUCAACGGCUUCGUGGCCAAAAUGAUGAAGACUCUUCAGAAGCGGCAGAUGAAGAACAAGGAUGCUCGUACUCGUCUGAUGACUGAGAUCCUGAACAACAUGAAAUCCAUCAAGCUUUACGCAUGGACGACUGCAUUUAUGAACAAGCUCAGUGUCAUUCGUAAUGACCAAGAACUGCACACUCUACGCAAAAUUGGCGCGGUGACCGCCGUCUCCAACUUUACCAUCAACUCUGCACCCUUCUUGGUCUCAUGCACGACUUUUGCUGUCUUUGUCGCCACCUCUGGCAGACCACUCAGCACUGAUGUUGUCUUCCCUGCUCUGACCCUCUUCAAUAUGCUCGGUUUCCCUCUUGCCGUCCUUCCAAUGGUUAUCACAGCCAUCAUUGAGGCAAGCGUUGCUGUGAACCGUCUGACGGGCUAUUUCGUUGCACCAGAGCUCCAAGCAGAUGCCGUUACUCGAAGCGAGACUGUCGAGACUGGUGAGGAGUCCCUCCGUAUCCGUGAUGGAACUUUCACCUGGGACAACAACGAGGAGCUGCAUGUGCUUCACGACAUCAACUUCAGCGCGCACAAGGGUGAAUUGUCCUGCAUUGUCGGCCGCGUCGGCUCUGGAAAAUCGAGCAUGCUUCAAGCCAUGUUGGGAGACAUUUACAAAAUCAAGGGUGAAGUCACCGUCCGCGGUGCUACUGCUUACGUUGCCCAGAGCCCUUGGGUCAUGAACGCCACCGUUCGCGAGAAUAUCAUUUUCGGUCAUCGUUGGGAUCCUACAUUCUACGAACGCACCAUUCACGCCUGUGCUUUAGUAGAGGACUUUGCCAGCUUACCUGACGGCGAUGAGACUCAAGUCGGCGAGCGUGGUAUCUCAUUGUCUGGAGGCCAAAAGGCCCGCCUCACGCUCGCUCGUGCAGUCUACGCACGCGCUGACAUUUACCUCUUCGAUGAUGUUCUCAGCGCUGUGGACCAACACGUCGGCCGACACAUCAUCGACAACGUUCUUGGUCCCAAUGGUCUUCUCGCUAGCAAAACUCGCAUUCUCGCCACCAACUCUAUCCCGGUCCUCAUGGAAGCGCACUUCAUUGUGCUCCUUCGCGAAGGUCGUAUCUUCGAACGCGGCACCUACGAACAACUCAUGGCAAUGAAGGGCGAAAUCGCAAACCUCAUCAAGACCGCUUCAAACGAAGAAUCCUCAGCCGCCAGUGAAGCUGACGAUAGCACUGUUCAGACUAGCCCGGAUAGUCCAUACUCUGAAUCUACUGCUUACGCCGAUUCCGACAAUGAAGACGCCAAGGCUAAUCGCAACACCGCAGAUCGCAUUCUCGAACCUAUCAAGGCAAACGGCGUAAGCGGCUCGCAUCCAGCAACUCGUCGUCGCGAUACUGGCACCACCCUCCGUCGUGCUUCGACCAUUUCAUUCCGUGGACCCAAAGGCAAAGUGAUCACAGACGAAGAGGAUAACAAAGUCGGCAAGAGCAAAUCUCGCCAGGCUGCCGAGCACUCGGAGCAGGGCAAGGUCAAGUGGAAUGUCUACAAGGAGUAUGCCAAAGCGAGCAAUCUUGUCGCGGUGGCGAUCUACCUCGGAAUGAUGAUUCUAGCGCAGAGUAGUGGGAUCGGUGGCAGCGUAUGGCUGAAGCAUUGGGCCGAGGAGAACGACAAGGCCGGAGGGAAUCCCGACGCAGCACGAUAUAUCCUCAUCUACUUUGCUUUCGGCAUUGGCUCGGUGUUACUUGUUGUCCUGCAAACAUUGAUUUUGUGGAUCUUUUGCUCUAUCGAGGCUUCGCGCAAACUUCACGAGCGGAUGGCUUGGGCGGUUAUGAGGGCGCCCAUGUCAUUUUUCGAAACUACCCCCAGCGGUCGCAUUCUGAAUCGGUUCUCCAGUGAUGUCUACCGCAUCGACGAGGUACUCGCUCGCACCUUCAACAUGCUUUUUGUCAACGCUUCUCGAGCCAUGUUUACCCUGGCCGUCAUCUCCUUUGGUAUGCCCGCAUUCAUCGCGCUCAUCCUGCCCCUUGGCGCGCUCUACCUUUGGAUUCAGAAGUACUAUUUACGGACAUCUCGUGAAUUGAAGCGGCUCGAAAGUGUCAGCCGCAGUCCCGUCUACGCGCACUUCCAGGAAUCCCUGAGUGGAAUCAGCACCAUUCGCGCGUAUCGCCAGACCAAGCGUUUCUCCUUGGAGAACGAAUGGCGCGUCGAUGCCAAUCUCCGUGCUUAUUACCCCUCCAUCAGUGCCAACCGCUGGCUGGCGGUACGUCUCGAGUUCAUUGGAUCGAUCAUUAUCCUUGCCGCUGCCGGUUUUGCCGUUGUCUCGGUCAGCACAGGUGUCCCUCUCACUGCGGGUCUUGUGGGUCUCGCCAUGAGCUAUGGUCUGAACAUCACUCAAUCCCUGAACUGGAUCGUUCGACAGACCGUCGAAGUGGAGACCAACAUCGUCUCCGUCGAGCGUGUUCUCGAAUACGCCGCUUUGCAAAGUGAGGCGCCCGAAGUCAUCUCCAAGAACCGCCCGCCAAACAGCUGGCCCUCGAAGGGCGCCGUCUCGUUCAACGGCUACAGUACCCGCUACCGCCAGGGUCUGGACCUUGUGCUGAAGAACAUCUCCCUCAACAUCAAGUCACAUGAGAAGAUUGGUGUUGUCGGCCGUACCGGCGCCGGCAAAUCUUCCCUGACCCUCGCCCUCUUCCGCAUCAUCGAGGGCACCGAAGGAAAUGUCACCAUCGACGGCCUCAACACUGGCUCCAUCGGCCUUCUCGACCUCCGUGGUCGUCUCGCCAUCAUCCCACAGGAUGCCGCACUCUUCGAGGGCACUGUUCGCGACAAUCUAGACCCCGGCCACGUCCACGACGACACGGAACUGUGGAGCGUGCUCACCCACGCCCGUCUCCGCGACCAUGUGGCCUCCAUGUCCGGACAGCUCGAUGCGCGCAUCAACGAAGGCGGUUCGAACUUGAGCCAGGGACAGAGACAACUGGUCUCAUUGGCCCGUGCACUCCUCACGCCGAGCAACAUCCUCGUCCUGGAUGAAGCCACUGCCGCUGUCGAUGUCGAGACAGAUGCGCUAUUACAGACCACCCUGCGAAGCCCAAUGUUCAAAGAUCGAACCAUCAUCACCAUCGCCCACCGCAUCAACACCAUCGUCGACUCCGACCGCAUCGUCGUCCUCGACCACGGCUCCGUCCGCGAAUUCGACACGCCCCAAAACCUCGUCAAGAGCAAAGGUCUCUUCUACGAACUCGUCCGCGAGGCCGGCUUGCUCAGUUCUGUGGAAGGUGGUGCUUCAUCGCUGAAGGAUGUUGCUGUCUCUUCGACUGCGGCUGCGGCGGCGAGUGAGGCGGGGAAGGGGGAGACGGGUAAACCAUCUUCUUCAUAGGAUGAGGAUGAGGAUGAGAAGAGGGAGAAAGGGUGUGUGAGUGUAGAUGAAGGUGGAGAUCUGGAUAGGAUAGCAUAGAUUUUUUGUAUGCAUGCAUGCAAUGUAGUUUUUGGGGAGA